UAUAUAUGUAUAUAUAAUAUAUAUAUAUAUAUUUAUUAAGUUUUAUAAAACAGACUUUUCUUAUUUAUAGUUUUAGAAUGUCUGCUUAUACUAUAUAUAAAGAAUUGUUUCCUCCUCAGACAAUAGAACACGUUGAACAAGCUCAAUUUACAGCACCUGGAAUAACUAAUAUUAUUGUAGCAAAAGCUUCUUUAUUACAAAUAUACAAUUUGAUUGAAUACAUUCCUGAAAAACAACAAGAUCAAAAUACCAAUAAUGAGGAAGAUAACGAUGAUGCUUUGAAUACAGAAACUUCAAAUCCUAUUGGUGACAAAGACGACGAUAGUACUUUACCUUAUCCAAACUUAACACCUCUCGACAACGAUAUUGCUUCAACGAAUUCAGCACGAUUGGAACUGGUAGCGCAAUAUAAUCUCAAUGGGACAAUCACUACUAUGGGUGUCAUACGUACUUGCUCACCUCGUGGAAAAGAAGGUUGUGACAGUUUACUGUUAGGUUUUGAAGAUGCCAAGAUGUCUCUACUUGAAUGGUCUCCUGCAACUAAUUCUAUCACUACAGUUUCUAUACAUUACUACGAACGUGAAGAACUCAAGAAAGAACAUUUAUCUAAUACGUUCACACCUUCGCUUCAUGUCGAUCCUCAACAACGAUGUGCGAUUUUGAAUUUUUAUAAUGAUAAAGUAGCUGUAUUACCCUUCCGACAAGCUGAUCAAUUGGAUACUGGAGGUCAAGAUUAUGAUGAAGAUGAUCCAUUACAGAAGCGACCUUACUUACCUAGUUUUAUCAUUGAUCUACCUUCUAUUGACAAGAAUGUGAAAAAUGUGGUGGAUAUGGUAUUUUUAUCGGAUUACUAUGAACCUACUCUUGCCAUUCUAUAUCAAGCAAAGCAAACAUGGACAGGUCGACUAGAUGAAGACAAGGAUACCGCAAGUAUCAUGGUGAUAUCAUUAGAUUUGACUGAAAAGGUAUAUCCUGUGAUUUACUCUUUACACCAUUUACCUUACGAUUCACUUCAACUCGUGGCCAUGCCAAAGCCUAUUCAUGGUAUGAUGGUAAUUUCUGCUAAUGCUCUGUUAUACGUCUCUCAAGGAUCACCAGGAGUAGGCGUUGGUGUCAAUGCCUAUGCCAAAUCAACAACUGCUUUUCCAAGCAUGAAAUAUGAUCCAGCCACUGUCAAUCUCGGUCUUAUUUUGGACGGUGCACGUGCUCUUUAUCUUUCAGAAGGUGUAUGCCUUCUUUUUCUUCAAAAUGGCGAUUGGGCAAUAGUGCAAUUUGUGCGUGAUGGAAACAAGGUGGUUGGCCUUCAAGUGACACGUCUUCCUUUUGGUCAAAUUGAUGUCAUCACUUCCGAUAACAAGAAUACACGAAAACUCGAACAUCAAUAUACUCCCGUUGCUUUGGUGCCUACAUGUGUUUGCAAUGUCAAGGAUGGAGAUUAUUUCUUUUUGGCAAGCCGUGUGGGAAACUCUUUAUUAAUCAAAUGGAGGGAUAAUGGUCAAUAUUUCAAUACCAAAAAUUCAACAGAUCAUGGUUAUACUUUUCGUGUAGUGGAUGAAUUAUUGAAUACGGGGCCUAUUACUGAUAUGGUAGUUGGUGAUAUAGACUUGGAUACUACUUCUUCAGAAGAAAGCAAUACAACGGCACCGGAAACGACGGCAGCAUUAUUACCUGAUGUGGAACUAGUGACAGCAUCUGGUUAUGGCAAAAAUGGAGCUCUAUGUAUACUACGACGACAUAUUCGGUCCAAAUCUUCGUUUUCUUUUGAUCAAACUGAUUGCCAAGCCCUUUGGACCAUAAAGCAUAGAACCAACGAUGAUGAUGAGUUGGAGGCAGAUAUAGCGAAGAAUAUGGCAUUCAAUAGAUCAUUUGACAAGUUGUUAUUUAUCAGCAAAUCCAGCAGCACUCUGGUUUUAGCAGCUGGUGAUGAAUUACAAGAACUUGAAAAAUCUGGAUUUUAUACCAAAGGACCUACUGUGUUAGUAAGCACUUUAUUCAAUCAUACUCGUAUUGUACAAAUUCAUGAAAAAGGAUUAUACCUUCUUACUCCUGGUGGCAAACGACUCCAAUCGAUCCCUGUGAGAGAAUCAAGAAUUGUUGAAGCAAGUGUACAUGAUCCCUAUAUUGUACUGGUUUUAGAAAAUCAAACGAUAAUGACGUUACAGUGUGAUGCCACUACAAAGGAUAUCAUCUAUGUUCCUGUUCCUUCAUCUUUGAACAAACCAAAAAAUAUCUACUCAGCUUCUGUGUUUGCCGAUACUUCUGGACUCUUUACAUCUAUCAAGAACAAAAAGGAAAUCAUUGCUACUAUGAAACUUCAACAAGCAAUAACUCACAAAGACAAGAAACGAAAGGCAGAAGAGGAUAUGGCACCAAAUAAAUCAAAAAAGUUACAUGGAGCUUCCUCCGCAAUAGUGACAUCUAUUACAAACAAGGAUGAAUUCGACGAAAUAGAUAUGGAUUUAUAUGGUGAUUCAAGCGAUGAAAAGGAUACCAGCAUGACGAUAGAAUCAUCAACAGAUGCAACAACGCUGAAUAUGAAUAUGACAGAUGAUGAUGAAUCUCUUUAUGGAAGUAGCACCACAGGAAAAUCACAAGAAUCUCAACAUAAACUGCAACAAAAUCAAAUCUCUCGCAAUAGGAAUAUAAUUGAUGAAGCCAAUGUCAGUAUGAUGGGGGGUAUCCAAGAAACAACAUGGCCGAUGACCUUUUGGUGUGUGGUUUAUACCAAGACGGGCGAACUGACAUUGUAUAGUUUACCAGAUUUACAAGAAUGCUAUCAUUUCCCAAAAUUAAACCUAUUACUCAAUCUGGUCACCGAUUAUCCAGUACAUGACAACUCCAACAACAAACCAACUGAAUCAGUAUUUUUGUCUCAACAAACAUCGACAAGACUAGGUGAUGCAAUUGGCACUAUCAAGAUUAAGGAAUUCUUAUUGACAAACAUUGGCAAGGAAAGGAAAGAUCCUCAUUUGGUGUUACGCACAUCAACCGGUGAUAUUAUCAUUUACAAAGCGUUUGAAUUUAUACCAACCGCCGACAAUCUUUUAGUGAAUGACGUUGAAGUUUGUACAGAUGCACAACUGGAGGAUUAUGAAGGUCGACUGGCGUUACGAUUCUCACGGGUACAUCAUGAUUAUAUAUCAAGAUAUCGUAUUGAUUAUGAAUUACUGAAGGAACAAGAACUGGAAGCUCAAGCACAAAAAGAAAAGGAAGAACAGGCAAAGCUAGUAGUAGAUUUGGGUAUUGAUGAUAAUGAUAUGCUAGGAAUCGAUGGGGAAGGCAAGAAAAGGAAGAAGAAAAAGAAAAACAGCAGCAAUUCUACAAGUAAAAGACGCGAACGUAUGCUCUCUCUAUUUAUGGAUGUGUCUGGCUAUUCUGGUGUCUUCGUGGCUGGUCCCGAACCACUCUGGUUGAUGUCUUCAAGCAAAAGCUUUGUCCGCGUGCAUCCUAUGAAAACUGAUCGUCCUAUUCGAGCCUUUUCUCAGUUCCACAAUGUCAACUGUUUACAUGGAUUUAUUACUAUUGAUAUUGACUCAAGAAUUCGACUAUGUACUUUACCCAAUGAAAACACUACAUAUGACAUGGAUUGGUUGGUAGAAAAAAUACCAUUGGGACAAACGGUACACAAAAUCAAGUAUCAUCCAACGAUGCGUGUUUAUGGUGUUCUUGUAUCAACAGCGAAGGAGGCCAAAGUGGGUGGACUCGGACAUGGUGGAGAUGAAGAAGACACAGUAUCAACAACAGACGGCGCUACAACAGCAACGGAACAUAAAAUGGACGAUCGCGAACCUGGAGCAUUCCUUCCAAAAGUGGAUCGAUUCUCUUUAUUACUGAUAUCGCCUGUGACAUGGGAAACAGUGGAUCAAGUGACAUUUGAUGAAUUUGAACAAGGCCUCUCUUUGGAAUGUGUACCUUUGGAAUCAAAACAAACGAGUUCAGGACGAAAGCAUUUUUUGACUGUUGGUACUGGUGUUUUACGUGGAGAAGAUUCUCCUAUGAAAGGUGCUAUAUAUGUAUAUGAAGUCAUCGAAGUCGUUCCAGAACCAGAUAACCCUCAAACCAAUCACAAAUUCAAGUUUUUACAUAAAGAAGAUGUCAAAGGGGCUGUGACAGCGAUGUGCGAUGUCAGUGGACAUUUGGCAGCUUGUAUUGGAUCGAAAAUGAUUGUUUGGAGUUUUGAAGAUAAUGAAAGUUUGGUAGGUGUGGCAUUUAUUGAUGUUCAGAUUUAUGUUACUUGUAUGUGCUCUAUCAAGAAUUUUAUUCUCCUUGGCGAUGUGCAGAAAUCCAUUUGGUUUUUGGGCUUCCAACUUGAACCUGCGAAACUGGUAUUACUUGGCAAGGAUUAUCAAUCUUUUGAAGUAGGUUCAGUGAACUAUAUUAUCGAUGACAAAUCUUUGUAUUUGAUGGUGGGGGAUACGGAUGAUAAUUUGGAUAUCUAUCAAUAUGCUCCUUACAAUUUACAAUCCAUCGCUGGUCAAAAAUUAAUGCGCCGUGGUGAUUUCCAUGUGGGGUCUCAAGUACGAACUAUGAUCCGGUUACCACAAAUUACAAUCAAUAAUAUCAAUGAUAACAAGACAUUCCAGUAUAGCCGACGUCAUUUUUGUCUUUGUGGAUCAUUUUCAGGAAGCAUCAGUGUGGUAUCUCCUAUUCCAGAAAAGACAUUCAAAAGACUCAAUACUCUCUAUGGACAAUUAGUGAACAGUAUUCAACAUGUAGCAGGAUUAAAUCCAAGGGCAUAUAGACUUAUCAAAGGAUCAAAACAAAGAAUGGCAUCUAAUCGAACCAAGGCAGUAUUGGAUGGUGAUUUGAUUCAUGCCUUUGCUGGGCUGGCGGUGGAUCGACAAAAAGACCUAACCAAACAAAUUGGAACCACCGUACCAAGAAUCAUGGAAGAUAUUGUAGAAAUUAUGGGAAUUAACAUUGAUUAUUUUUAGACUUAUUAUAGUAUACAUGUUUGAAAAUAAACGAAAUUAAAUAUCAUUGUGA